AUGUUAAAGGUCCUUGGUCACUUCUGCAGGUGUGACCAUGAGUUCUGCUACUCCUGCCACGUGAGUACAACAACUGCGAACAAGCAUGCUAGUGCGUCUUCUGGGACGAAGACAGUGCCGAGCUCUCGACAGCGCAGUCCUGCCAAGCCUUCGAGAUCUGGGUAUGGGACACCUUCGACUGCAUGCCCCACCGACGGCUACUCAGAGAAGGAGCGGGUGCAGGUGUCACUCAUCCAGCGGUUCCUCGCAGGGGGGUUUAGCCUGAGCGGCGAACAUCACAACCUGACCCAGCAGUCGUUGCCGUCAUGCUGCGCGGUGGACUCGUACAUCGUUGACACCAUGAAGGAUCUCCAUCAGCUGCAACGACGACUACAUACAGUGAAUGAUGAGGAUGUUAAAGAAUAUCGAGUCAUAGAUAUAGCAUUAGAAAGGAGAUACGGAUGGCGCAUAUACUGA